GAUAACAUUGAUAAGGUUGCGACGGACUUUACAGGGUCGUGUAAUUUCAACUUUGUUGGUAAAAUUUUUGCAAAUUUUGUUUUUGAAGCAUUACAUUGUUUUUUAAUUUUAAAACCAUUAAGCUAUUUUAAAAAAUUUCAUCGAGAAAGCACCAUGACCUUCUGGAGGCAAGCUGGACUGAACUAUAUUCAAUAUUCCAACAUCGUCAGUAAAGUAAUAAGACGUUCGCUUAAAGAGGAAUUCAAAUUAGAUUCGUUGAAAAGGGACGAAUCGUCCGUAAGAUUCACAAACUGGAAGGACGGCAAGCCUGUAAAUAGUGAAACAGCGUAAAUUUAAAAUACAUCUGCUUGAAUGGAAUAGAGAAGUUGUUUUAACGAUGAAAUGGUAGUUGUUUGUUGAUUUGAGCUUGCACUGUACAUACUUAUUUGUAAUUUUACUUUCAGAAUAAAUGUAUCAGUAAGUGAAAUAA